AGAUCCACCACUCACAGCCCUGAUGGAAGGAGACAACGGCGGCACCAAUUCUAGUCAUGCAUCCAAACAACGUUUGCGUUGGACGCAUGAGCUUCAUGAACGCUUCGUUGAUGCCGUUGCUCAACUUGGUGGCCCUGAUAGAGCUACACCCAAAGGCGUUCUUAGAGUGAUGGGUGUACAAGGAUUAACUAUAUAUCAUGUCAAGAGUCACUUACAGAAAUAUAGACUUGCAAAGUAUCUUCCAGAUUCGUCUUCUGAAGGGAAAAAAACUGAUAAGAAAGAAUCUGGUGAUAUGCUCUCUGGGUUGGACGGCUCGUCGGGAAUGCAGAUAACUGAAGCCCUCAAGUUGCAGAUGGAAGUUCAGAAACGAUUGCACGAGCAACUAGAAGUGCAAAGACAGCUGCAACUACGGAUAGAAGCACAAGGGAAGUACUUGAAGAAGAUAAUUGAAGAGCAACAACGACUCAGUGGAGUACUUGGCGAACCCUCAGCCCCAGUAACGGGCAAUUCAGAUCCUGCAACCCCUGCCCCAACAUCUGAGUCUCCUCUUCAAGACAAGUCUGGCAAGGAAUGUGGACCAGACAAGAGCCUCUCAGUUGACGAGUCUCUCUCAUCUUACCGGGAGCCUUUAACACCAGACUCGGGGUGUAACAUUGGGUCUCCAGAUGAGAGCGGAGGAGAGGAGAGAUUAUCAAAGAAGCCUAGAUUGGUGAGAGGUGCAGCUGGUUAUACACCUGAUAUUGUAGUGGCGCACCCAAUACUAGAAUCAGGCUUGAACGCUUCUUACCAUCCGUCAGACCAUGCUCUCGCCUUUGACCAGCCAUCUACAUCACUGCUUGGGGCUGAAGAUCAGUUGGAUAAGGGUUCAGGAGAUAAUCUUUGAGUUGUAUCACAUGGCAUCUAUUGAGUGUACCACAUGUAGUGUUGUCUAUCCUAAUCUUUAUUAGUUAGGAGUUUCCUCUAGUGAUGUGAUCACAACUCUGUAAUUUUCUAGGCACUGUCAAGAGCAUGAAGAAUGAAUAUGUCUGUGUUGU